AUGGAUAGGCUGCUGUUGGUUCUCGGUUACCUGGUGACAGUUGUUGCCAUGGUGAUCAGUUCCGAAAGGAAGCAGCACCAGGUUCAGCACGGGCCUUGCAGCUAUACUUUCAUCCUGCCCGAAGUGGAGCAGUGCAAUCAGGGACGGGAUUUUCAGGUCACCAACUCCCUCCAAAGGGACUCACCUCCAUCUCCAGAAUCAGCCCACGUUGAGACCUCCUGGCAGGCAAGAAAACUGGAGAACCUGGAGAGUGCUACAGAGAACAACACACAGUGGCUGCAGAAGCUGGAGAGCUACAUCCAGGAAAACAUGCGCUCUGAGAUGGCUGAGAUGCAGAGGAAUGCCAUUCACACCCAGACGGCCACCAUGCUGGAGAUAGGAACGAAUCUCCUCAGCCGCUCCGCCGAGCAGACGCGAAAACUGACAGACGUGGAGAAGCAGGUGCUAAACCAGACUAGCCGACUGGAGAUCCAGCUGCUGGAGUACUCUCUGUCCACCACCCGACUGGAGCAACAGAUCCUGCGGCAAACCCAGGAGGUAGCUCGUCUCAAUGACAAAAACAGUUUCCUAGAGCAGCGUUUUGCUGCUAUGGAAGCCAGGCAUGGCCAGGAGCUGCUGGCUGCUCAGCAGGAGAAGAGACAGCUGCAGGAGCUUCUGGAGAGGCAGAGCCAUCUCGUCACCCUGCUGGAGGAGGAACUGGCCAGGUCUGUGAGCAACAGCACCCUGCUCCAACAUCAGCAGGCCAUUCUCACAGACACAGUGCAGCAGCUACUGGCUAUGGUCACCCACUGCAACGAGAUUUCCAGUCACCCUAAAGAGGAAUCAGUGAACUUCAGAGACUGUGCAGAUAUAUACAAGUCCGGGGUGACAGAGAGCGGUGUAUACAGCGUCCGCUUCCCAAACUCUACAAAGAAUGUGAAGGUGUUUUGCGAUAUGAAGACCAGAGGUGGUGGAUGGACUGUGUUUCAGCAUCGUUUUGAUGGCUCUUUAGACUUUCAUCGCAGCUGGAAGGAGUACAAAGCAGGAUUUGGAGAUCCCUCUGGAGAGCACUGGUUGGGAAACGAGAUCGUCCACCUCCUCACCACGUCUCAGGACUAUACCCUUCAGGUUCUGCUGACAGACUCAGAGGGAAACCAGGCUUUUUCACAGUAUGACCUAUUCUACAUAGAUGGAGAGGAAAAGAACUACAGUUUGCAUACCCAGGGUUUCAGUGGAACAGCAGGCCGCACAAGCAGUUUGACCCACUCAGGGACUAUGUUCAGCACUAAAGACAAGGACAAUGACCUUUGCAGCUGCAGGUGUGCCCAGAUGGCCUCAGGGGGAUGGUGGUUUGAAGCUUGUGGGCCUUCCAAUCUGAAUGGCAUCUACUAUGCUGGUAUCUCCAACGUAGUCCGCUACAAUGGAAUCAAGUGGUACUACUGGAAAGGACCAAGUUUGAUGACAACAACAACAACCAUGAUGGUACGGCCUGUGAACUUCUGA